UCGGCGCAAACUGUGCCGCCUUCGCGUCUCGUUAGUUCGGAGUCUAUCUUAGUGGCAGCCCCGCUAUCGGCGCCGUCGGUUCCAUCCGACUCCGUGUAGCCAUAUCGCGCGCUCUUCCGAAUCCAUUGACUUCCGGGGUCACGUCAGACCGUACCAUCCACAUUUCCGCCGGCGAAUCGAAGGAGACUUCGUGUGGAAUAACGUUUGUUUUUCGCCGCGUUCCUCCCAGGCUGACGAAAUCGGACGAGAUCCUAGUACCCUAUCGAUAUCGUUAUUCGGAGAGCUACGUCGGCGAUGACACCGUGACACGACCGCGAUACUCGCGGCGCAAUUGCGCCGGAUAGACAACGCGCGCGCGCGCGGAUAUUACUAUCAAACUGAGCAGGCAGUGAGUGAUUACUUUGUGGGUGGAAGCGGAAGCUUCGCGACAGUUUUGCCGAACGAGUUUGCGGGCGUGCGUAGGUGAAGUGAACAGAGGACCACGGCUGAGAAGAGAUGUUCACCGGCGUUAAAUAAAUCAUUCACGCGCGCACCGAUGGGAUUGCGAGCCGCGGGAGUUCGAUAAUGGCGCAUUCGUCGUUGCGCGAUAUCGCCGUAACUUCGCAGUUGCGCUCCGAAGAUCCCUCGUAAUACAAUUGUGUUGAGACGGUGAUCUCCGAUAGUGUUCGUGUAUUGUGUAUAGGUGAAGUGAGAAUCUAGAGGAUUCUGAUUCGCAACGCGACGCGGAAAUUCCUGGUGCUACAAGUUCUGUGAAGAAACUUCUUACGAGAAAUUUGCAACUGCGCAUUUUCUUGCUACAGUGAUUACUUGUUGCAUAACGAACAGCAGGAUGCGAGAGUGUUUAAAAAAACGAUGAUGCGCGCGCCAAUAAUUAUGCGAUGAAUUUUUUAUCGCGCACGUAGCGAUAUAAGAGAUGCCUAGUGCAUCCAUGAACACACAUCGUCAUUCUAUUUUGCGCCUUCCGUUGAGUGUUUUACGCGCUAAAAGAAGAUAUCUGCCACAUGGCUCGACUCGGUGUCUUGGUACACCGUGGCAGAGCGAACAAUGGAUAUGAGAAGAGCAGAGGCUAAGUAGCAGGCUGCAGGUACAGGAACGGAGACGGCGCGAGAGGUAGAUUGGCGAGAGGCGUGCGGCCGACAGAAAGCGAGAGUGGUGUACGCCAGGAGGACAGGUGGUACGGCGGAGGCGAACGAAAGGUACGGGAGGGUUGACCGUUGUGACGAAGUCACGAGGACGAAGUGUGGAGCCGUACGAAAAAUGAGGAAGCACGGUCUACUGGAUGUGUGGCGGCUGUUGUGGUUGCUUUGCCUCGUGCUGGUGACGAGUUUGGCGCAAACGUCGCAUCUCUGUCCGACCCCCUACGAGAUCUCGCCCUGUUCCUGCAGCGUGAAAAAAGCCGGCCUGGACAUCGUGUGCGAGAUCACUGACAUGACGCACAUCUUCAAGGCCAUGACCGUACUCAAGGGAAAAUCGAACGUCGUGAUAUUCUACCUUAGGCUUAGGCACAACAACUUGCCUAAGCUACAGGGGUAUGUGUUCCUUGGGCUCAACAUACACCAUCUCACUAUUCACAAUAGUAGCCUUGCAGUACUCGAGGAAGCCUCCCUUAGUUCUCUUGGAACGGACUUGACACAGCUGGAUCUCUCCCAAAAUUCAUUGACUUCUGUCCCAUCCCUCGCGUUACGAGACCUCCACCAUCUUCUAAUUUUGAAUUUGAACCGUAAUAAAAUCACAGCCAUCCACAGCAAAGCUUUCGAAGGUCUCGACACACUCGAGAUCCUCACUCUUUACGAGAACAAGAUCAGUAACAUAGAACCAGAUGCGUUCAAAGGACUCGACAACCGGAAACUCAAGAGGCUCAAUUUAGGCGGGAACGAGCUCACGAAGGUCCCAACUCAGGCAUUGUCUUCGUUAGAUUUGUUGAAGAAAUUAGAAAUGCAAGAGAAUCGUAUUAUGAGCAUACAAGAAGGAGAUUUCACAGGAUUGAAAGCACUCGAUUCAUUAGUAUUGGCGCACAAUCACCUCCGUGAGGUCCCGGCGCGUGUAUUCUCCCACUUGACGCAAUUAAACUCUUUGGAACUCGACGGAAAUCAAAUUACCCACGUGGAUCCUAAUGCGUUUAUCGGUCUUGAGGAUAAUCUGCAAUAUUUGAGACUGGGAGAUAAUAAUUUGCAUUCGGUACCAAGCGACGCUCUGCGACGCUUGCAUCGCUUACGGCACUUGGACUUACGGUCGAACAACAUCACUGUACUUCCGGAGGAUGCUUUCACGGGCUACGGCGAUUCCAUCACUUUCCUCAAUCUACAGAAAAAUUUGAUCAAAGAGCUCCCGCCCCUGGUAUUCGAGAACCUCAAUUCGCUAGAAACUUUGAGUUUGCAAAACAACAAACUCACGAACAUUCAAGAAGAAGUCACGGAGAACAUCGUCGACACUCUACGUCAUAUCGAUAUCACGGAUAAUCCUCUGAUUUGCAACUGCCAGCUACGGUGGUACUCCGUUUGGCUCGGGAAUCUGCGUGACAAGGACGACGAGAUGAUGUCGAAGAAGCGGACGGUCUGCAUGAUGUCCUCGGAACACCGCGAGUACUCCGUGCAGAAUAUCCCGCUCGAGAGGAUGGGUUGCAACGUGGGCAAGAACGCCGGCAGGAUCUCGUCGGCGUCAGUCGCGUGUAAAGUGUACGUUGACGCGACUCUACCGCUGAUAAUCGUCGCCGCCGUUUUAGCGUAAUCCCGCGGGAGAAGCGCGACUUCGCGAUUGGAGUGCGCCAUCGACUUUUCGUUUCGACGCCGACGAGACGUUUAACGAUCGCGUUCACCGGUAACGCUGCCGCACAGCGCGCUAUUCGUUACUUUAACCUCCUCGUUCGCCACGACGAGAAAAGCAUUUCCCUUACUAUUUAUUUCCCGGGGUAGAAUCGUGACGCGACGGCGGAGACGCGUCAUGAUUCCAGACCGCUCUCGUCGACGUGGAAGCGGCCUUCUGCGAAGAUCAACGUGACCUUGUCACGUAUGUCAUCGCGCGACAACUCGGCAUACAAGUGGUGAAACGCGGCCUGUCGUCCAAAUGACAGAGGAGAGCUACGACACGAAAAGUCGAUGCGUUAUCGUGAUGUCACGAUCGAUCGAAUGCCUUGAAUUGUAGGAGAUCUUGUCGAGCGCUAGUUGACGGCAUCGUUACUCCCGAAACGGCAAUCAUUAAAUGAAUCGCAAUUGUUUGGCGCGACGGCUGGAGGAAUGGCUGAUUGUGAUUCCUCCGCCGUUCGAGAAGUUGCUUUCUUACUUUUCGCGUACAACGGACGUACAAGGACCGAUAUCCGUGGACCGUCGCUUUCUCAUGGCAGACGCGCGUCCAUGCGAUGCGCAUGGACAAUCAGACGUGAUGCUUGGUAACCGCGACAAUCGACUUUUUGAGAACUGAGUGCUUUACAUUCUUCCGGAUUUCCGCGGUAUUUACUUUCACUGGCCGGUUCCACCGGAAAGGCCUCUAUCGUUCACUCGAUUCGAUUAAUCUUGAGUACACGCGAUCAUUAUCGACUUUAUUCGCCGAGACAGAGAGGUAGUGUUACCGAGGAAUUUGGACUCUAAUUGAUCGUGAUCCUGAAUCUCUCAGACGCUUUGUUUGCGGGUCCAUACCCCGAGAUGCUCUGCAAUGCGAAUUAAUUUAUUUUCGCGGCGAAAUGCGCUUAAAAGUUCGGCACGUCCACACAGAUCUGUUCGUCGCGUUCGUACGAUCGAGCGCGCGGAACGUAGGCAAGCCGCGUUAACAAAAGUUCAUCAUCGCGGUAAGUUAGCUCGCAACGAAGCACCAUCCCGUUCGAUUGCCGCGUGUCGUAACGAUUAUAUCAUAGACGUGGCAUGACCGGCCGCUAGAUAUAACGCGAUGAGUGACGCGUAGGAGAGAGAGAUGCACACGCUUGCCGAGACGGCGAAUUUAUUGCUGAUGAAAUCACUGUUAUUAAUGGGACUCUCAGAUGCUCUACGAUCGAAUUACAGACGACGCUAAUCGCGAGCACACGGCGAACUGUUUUAACCGCGAUCUCGAGCCCACUCGCGACAACUCUUAUCGGAGCGACUUCAGUCUAAGCGAAAACCAGCAAGCAAUAGAACACAUAUCCAAUCGUUGUUAUCUGGCAAUCAAGUGCUCGUACAGUUCGAUAGUAUAGAUUCUGAGCGACCACUAUGAUCGAAGGUCGAUCGCGCGAUCGACCGGUGGACCGAAGAAUGCUCGUGUCGCGAGGAGCGCGCGAGUUUUCUUCAUCGGAACGUUACAUAUCAACAUCGUUGCCAAUUAUUUCGUGGUUAUCUGUUAAGCUCGCGAGACGCGAGGCGUAGUGUAAUCACUAGGAUUCGAGUGGCCGGAAGGCAGUCGCCACUAGGCGGUUCUGGCUCGCUCGUCGUAUACAUAUCAAUACGUUCCUGUUGAACACGGGUGCUGCAAAUCGUCGUUAUGCUCCAGAAUGUUCGCGCCUCCCCUCCCGCCCCGCUCCCGUACGUCACGAUCUUCCGAGAUUUUCAAAUCGUUAUUUAUUUCGUACGUCUAUCCUCGCGAUUUUGUCAAAUCUGUUAUGAGUAAUAACACUAGUAGUUAACAAAAUUUCUUCGCUUCACGAACGUAGAUAGUCAUUUCCGAUGUAUUUUUCUCUGCUAAACACGAAUUUGUUCUCAAAUUUAGCUAUUAGAUUACAAUUUUAAGAAAAAUGGCGAUGAAAAUGCCAGAAACGAUAAUUGUUAGGAUUUUCAUGACGUCAUAGGAUCGGCAGCAAAUUUUUUUCCUAAAAAUUUCAUUAAUUAAAUUAAAUUAUUUAGCUUUAAAAUGCAUUUGGUUUUCCUCUGGUAUGAUUUUUUGUUUUCCAGAUGUAAUUAAAACGAAAAAUAUUAGACACGCGCGUUUGGCAUUAAUAUCAUAUACUGCACGAUUUUUAUGCAAUGAGUGCAAAUAAACAUUUCCGAAGUAUAGUAUUGUAGUAUAAUAUUAUUGUAGUAUAGUAUUUUCGUAAUUCUUCAGGGUAUUUCGGUUUUAGUAGAUGUUAUAUAAUACUACCUUUACUACGGAUUACAUGUUGACUUAUGUUUUAAACGAGAGCCAAUUAGAAAUUUAUAUGCUGAUAUUCGUGUUUAGUACGUUAAAAUCAUUCAGGAUUGAUAUUUUCACUGAGAAGCAUUUACAUUGUUGUCCAGCACAAUUGGUUGUCGUUUACGAUUGAACGGCAAGGCAAUAUUUCAUUAAUUGUGCGAUUAAACUUUUAGCAGACGGAUCAUUCUACCGGCUUCCAUGAAUGAUCUAACAUGGAAGAGUAAUUUUCGCGAAAUUUACACGUUUUGAAGAAAUCGGCGAAGAGGCUGUAUUCGCGUCCGACUCCAAAGAUUAAAAUGCGAAUGACAUUGGCGACACUCGUGAGAGAAAUCUCUCGUCGUCCGGCUUUUCUGCCGGACUGUCUCUGCGCAGUAGUCGCUAACAUCUUGAGAUCGCCCCGAUACUUAACUCGAUUUGCAAAGGCCCGAUCGCACGAAAUGAGAUAACGACUGCUGAUGACACGUAAUAUACUCUCGACAGGAAACCGACACUUGUUAAAGCCGGUAGAGCACAAACGCGCGGCCGUUCGGACGCCUACGAGCUUUACUCGGGCUACUUCGUCGCCGACGUUCACGCGCGUGAACUAAGCUAAUUGCAUCACCGUCUCGCGAGAGAGGAAGCGUAUGCAACGCACGUGUCCGCCGUAAUCGCGAUGCACCGAACGCAAACGGUCCGUAAGGUGUAUCGUUUCUCCCGCAAAAUAUUUCCCCUUUUGUUCAAUACGAGCAAUGGAAGAAGAUCGCGCUUCACAUCCGGAAGAUCGCGACGUACGAAAAUACACGUUGCGCACGCUUCGCUUCGAUGCACUGAACGGCGAGCACGUCCGACGGUGCAUCGGGCGAGGAAACGCGCUUCUCAGCGGAGGCUGAGAGCCUACCGCGCGAGAGAGAUAGAUGAAGCGUUCACGGAACGUAGUGCUGAUCACAGUGCUAACGUGGAAAGUAACAUGUGUUUUGCUAUUCGAUACGUAUAAUAAGGAUAAGGUAGAAUUAAGCCUAAGGCAUUAUCGUAAGACGUACGUGCCGCGUGGUGGCAUAUCAACCGGCACGGCCUGACUCUUUGGAGGAGAAUUUCGGAGCUAUCGCCAAUGAUUCUUUCGUCAUCGUGCUUGGUUUUGUCUUAAUUUAGCAACCUGGCGUUCUACCUCGUCGGCGAGUCGGUGAGGAGAAUUUGUACGAGUGAGAAUAAGUUUCGCGACGUUAAACUAGACUAAGGGAUGCCUGAGAGAAGAAUUUAUGUCUGGAGUAAAAGGACCUGUUUUCGCGAUAAUAUUUUGUACACCGUAAAUUACGUGUCCUCAUUAUUGGAGAUAAAUCAAUGAAAUAUCGUAGGAUCGAUAAAACGCGUUGUUUAAUUCACGAGCAAAGAUAUUCUCCUUCAAAUGUGCGGGCAAACGAUGCGCAACGGUAUCGCAUAAACACAUACACAUAUCAUUUAUACGCCCAAGUUUACUUGUAAGAUAAACCGAUUAAUUAAGUCGAUUUAAAGCUUGGCGAAGCUAUAACGACUAAAGAUCGUAUACAUAUCGUGAACGUAUGAGAUUUAAGAGAAUUUAUUUGUUAACAUAUACAUAUAUAUAUAUAUAUAUAUAUAUAUACAUAUAUGUACGUUGCAUAUAAUAUAUAUAUUAUUAUGCAUUAUUACGAUCAUAAAAGAUAUAUAUUAUAUACCUAUAUCUUAUAUACAUAUAUAUAUACAUAUACGCACUGGAUGUUUUUUCUAAGAAGUUACGUCGAUAACGAUACGAAGCUGCCGGGCGCAUAUCGCAGUUUCAAAAGUUGCUUUCUAUUUCAAUCCAGGAUGUCCGGCUUUCACGUUUUUUAAUCGUACUUUUGAUACGUAUAAUUUUACCGUUAAUUAUAGAGCAGUAUAUCUUCAGUAACCGGUAAGUUGAGAGAAAAAAUUAAAGAUACGCCGAAUGCGAUUCUCUGCAGGCCCUACAUUUAGCUUAGGAUUCGUACGAGGCAUAUCUGUGUACAUAUAUGUAAUAAUUGAAUCUUCUCUUCUCAUAACUGCGUGCAAAUAAUUUAUGAGCGUGUGAUCAUUUGAGGUACAACCUGAUUUCCCCGGUAAAUAAAGGAAUAGCAGUGUGUGAACGGCAGUAAGUUACAAAAAAAAAUAAGUAAAAGAAAUUAAUAGACUUGAAAGUAAAACUAGCGUGAUAGCAUAAUCGCACCUGAGUCAGAAGUUCAGCAUACGUCUUCGCUGCCGUAACGAUCGAGAUGAAGAACACACUCGAAAUAUGCAAAUAGUCUCACGAGGGAAACUCCCUCUCGCGAGACUACCUCUUUCCUGAGUUCUGCGUUAUUCCAGCGAAUUAUUCCACGACGACGUUCCCGACGACGUUCGCGUCGAUUAUCCAACAGCUGAUGCGUACGAAAGCUUAAUGUGCCGACGAACUUCCGGCUCGGGCGUUGGAAUAUAUCUUUAGGCGGUUUUUAGAACAACAAGAGCAGAAACGGGAACGCACGGUUCGCGUGACUCUAAUUCUUUCGUUGCGGAACAUCGCAGCAGCGCACGCUGAUCAGAUGCUUCGCGCCUUUUGAUCAUCCGAAACAUCCGAUUUUACAACGGAUCGUCCGUACUGGGACACGUGACAAAAUUUGCUCGAGGAUAAGAUUCGCGGCGUGUAAUCACGUUCGUAGGAAUUAACACAAUCUCCUUGAGUGCGGAGCAUACGCGGCGAACGACGGUACGCUCUGUCGAGCGUUGAUUAACUUAACACAGCCGCGUUGCAGCGAAAGGGUUACGGAUCGGCGGACGUCGAGCCUGCAGAACCAUAUCGAGACAUAUCGCUGAAAAGCCGGCGCUAAGCUCGUCGGGUGCGCCGUUUAUUAUUACUAAUUAUUAUAAGCGGAUAUUUUUGUACAGCGUCUUACAAUGUGGUCGAAUCGUUGCCGGCGCACCCGACGGGCGUACCCGGUGCCGUAAUUACUUCGUAUGAUAGCGCGCGAUACCCUGAACGCGAACGCACCCUCGACACAUUCGUGUGGAACGCGUGAAUGAAAUUGACGAUCCCAAAUGGCAGCCGCGCGUGAGGGACGACAAACGGAGCUUAACUCCCGAUCGAAGGAUGUAACUUCAUAAUCUCGGUGCUCGCUCACAUGUCGCUUCUUCGCACGACUCGAGGAACCUCGUACUCUGUGUUAACACGCACCGACGUACAUGCGUACGACAAUGUAAGCACGCGCCUACACACACGUACACAUAGAUACACACACACAAGUUGAACAUGAAACGUUAAUCUAGUAUCAAGCAUCCCACUCCCCUUUCUUCACUGUCUUCUCUUUAAUUAACGAGAGAUCGUGACUCUUACGUAUUAUAUGAAAGAACUAAAGUUCAUAUAAAAUUAGACGUAAAGAAAGAAAAUUAGUUAUUGAUUCAAUGUGUACACACACAAAUACAAACACACAUAUGUGCGUCUGUAACUUUCGGCAUAAAUGCUCUUAGACAUGAGACGCGUUAUACACAAACAAAUACACGCAUACGAGACUAAAUCACGCCUAAUGUUACAUCGAUGUUAUAAAUAUAUAUAUGUAUGGUUAUUAUGUGACACACACCUACACAAACUUCGUCUGUAUAUGUCUUUACAUAAUGUUACGUGUAUAUGGUCAUAUUAUGGUAAUUAUUACGUGAUAUGUAUGUAUUAUGAAACAUUUUUCUCGUAUCGGCCCGCAACUCGGCUGUCUACUCAGAUUCUGAUGUCUAUAUGUCAUUGUUUAUUAUGUCGUUAAUAAUUAACGUGUAUAUGUGAAACUUUCAAAUGAAUAAAAUUGACAUAAGCAAAAGCA